CUUAGCGAGCGCGCGCGCGUUUAAUCAUUCCGCGCCCGCGCUACUUUUAUUAGAGUUGAGAGACCCGAUCCGAUCAGAUCAGAUCUCAGCCGGGGGAGAUCGGAGGUCCCACUGCGCGCGAGCGACUGAGUGAGCGUGCGCGCGUGUGUGUGUAUGUGCGUGUGUGUGUGUUUUAGAAGAGCGGCGCCUGUUUAUUUGAGCAAAGUGUUUCUACCCACCGCUUCAUCCAAAGGGAAAACCAAAGCAUGCAGGGAGCAUCGGUGUGUUUCAGCUCGAGCAUGCUCCUCCUGAUCACCGUAGUGAUGAUCGCACCGGGGAAAGGUUCCUUUAUGGACGGGAGGAUGGCAGUCACUCAUAGAGGACAGAGCACUCACUCUUUAGACUCGGACAACAAACAGGGUGCGUCCCACAGCACACCAGACAUGGGCCGAGAACUUCCCUCGGUCACUACAGCGCCUCCCUUCACCGACCUCAACCACCACAUUCAGUUUAAGACAUUUUCUCAACCUGAUCCACGCCAGGAACAGUUCAAAGACAGAAGAGGCGUCAAUCAUCAUCGUCUCUUCGAGGCUCAACCGGUUCCUCCAGUUGAGGACGCGGCUACAGGGGCCUUCCCUGUGAAUGCUGCUAAACUCACUUCUGGGAGCCUGGAGUGGAGUGGUGCUGCCGGGGAAGCCCAGAAGCAGAGCACCGAGGAAGUGCCCACAGAAUCACUGAGCACUAGUAUCAUGCCAACGUCCACGGCGCCUCCCUGCCACACAGUUCCUGAAGAGCAGUUGAGAUAUCCUCAUGCAACAACCACACAAGAGACUGAGGGUGUCACAACGCUGGUGAUGAGAGAAGAAGAGGACAUCUUAAAGACCAGAGAGAGACACAAGGGACCUGCCGGCGAUGCAAACGCAGGGACAUUGUCUGUGUCUGGGGAUCAGGAUGAUGAAAUGACCACGACCACUAUUUUCACCACCACUAUUAUUACCACAAUACAGACCACAGCUCCAUGCAGCAUCAAUUUCACGGCGCCAGGGGGCUAUAUAGAGACACCACCACGCGGCAGCUGUGACUACUCCAACUUCGACUGCACCUACACCGUGACGGUCUACAUGGGAUACGGGGUGGAGAUUCAGGUGAUGAAUGUAAGUUUGGCCGAAGGGGACUCCGUGAGGUUUGAGGAUCUUGGGGGCCGCGAGCCAUCAGUUCUGGCUAACGAGUCCAUCCUGAUGAAGGGUUUGGUGGUGCGCAGCUACAGCAACCGGAUCUCCGUCCACUUCCACAGCCGGCGGCCCUGCCACGGCUCCUUCCUCUUGCUGUACCAAGCAUUUGUCCUGAGCUGUAAUUUCCCCGAGCGGCCAGCCUACGGUGAUGUAACCGUCAGCAGUCUGCACGCAGGCGGAGAAGCUUAUUUCUACUGCUUUACCGGUUACAAGCUUCAGGGACCCUCCACUCUCACAUGCCUCAAUGCUACAACUCCAUACUGGAAUGGGAAAGAACCCAGGUGUCUCGCGGCCUGCGGCGGAAUGAUGAAGAACGCCACGCUCGGUCGUAUUGUGUCUCCUGGUUUCCCCAGUAACUACAGCAACAAUCUGACGUGUCACUGGGUGCUGGAGGCUCCAGAAGGACAGAGGUUACAUGUUCACUUCGAAAAGGUGGCACUUGCCGAGGAUGAUGACCGGUUACUCAUCAAAAAUGGGAACAACAUCGACUCCUCGACACUCUACGAUUCCUACGAAGUGGAAUAUCUUCCCAACGAGGGCAUCGUCAGCACCUCCACAUUUCUUUUCAUCGAGUUCACCACUGACGGCUCGGGCACCAACACAGGAGCGGCAAUUAGAUAUGAAGCUUUCGCACCAGGGCAUUGCUAUGAGCCUUUUGUCAAGUACGGCAACUUCACCAGCAGUGACACCAGCUACGCUGUGGGUGCCGUGGUAGAGUUUAGCUGCGAUCCCGGAUACACACUGGAGCAAGGCUCUAUUAUCAUCGAGUGCAUGGACCCCAGAAACCCACAGUGGAACGAAACUGAGCCCGCCUGCCGAGCGGUGUGUAGUGGGGAGAUCACCGAUUCCGCCGGAGUGGUGCUGUCUCCAAACUGGCCUGAAGCUUAUGAUAAAGGCCAGGACUGCAUCUGGGGUAUCCAUGUGGAAGAGGACAAGCGCAUCAUGCUGGACAUCCAAGUCCUCCACAUGGGAAUGAAUGACCUGCUGACAUUCUAUGAUGGAGACGACUUGACUGCUAAGGUACUGGGCCAGUACAGUGGCUCUCGGCCACGCUUCAAGCUCUACACUUCUACAGCUGACGUCACCAUCCAGUUCCAGUCUGACCCUGCCACCAACGUUUAUGGCUACAACAAUGGCUUUGUGGUGCAUUUCUUUGAGGUGCCUCGUAAUGACACGUGUCCAGAGCUUCCCGAGAUUACUAACGGCUGGAAGACUACAUCUCACCCUGACCUGGUGCACGGUACUGUAGUAAACUAUCAGUGUUACCCAGGCUUCGAGGUGGUGGGCACGGAAAUGCUCAUGUGCCAGUGGGACCUGACGUGGAGUGGAGACCUGCCUACCUGUGAGAGGGUGCUGUCAUGCCCAGAUCCUGGCAUGGUGGAGCACAGCCGCAGGGUGAUGUCAGGUCCUCGACUGAUUGUGGGCUCCACAGUGCAGUACAUCUGCAACAAGGGCUACACGCUGUCUGGAAACAGCCUCCUUUCCUGUUACAACCGAGAUUCCACUGGACCGAAGUGGAGUGAGAAACCACCCAAAUGUAUCUCAGAUACAUAUGACUCCUGUAGGAACCCUGGAAUCCCAGCAUUUGGUGUCCAGGUAUCAGAGAAGCAGUUCUACAAAGCCGGAGAGAUAUUGCACUUCUCCUGCCAAAGUGGCUAUAAGCUUAUCGGGGAGGCAAAUAUCCGCUGUGUCCACAGUCGCCCGGCCAAGUGGAGUCACCCACCUCCUGUGUGCAAAGCAGCAGCACUGGAAUAUGUAAAUGAGCGCAGGCUUGAUGUUGCCAGAACAGAUUUCAGCAUGGAAGGAGCCAAUUUGAUUCUCGCCAUCUUCAUUCCCGUAGCCAUAAUUAUGUUAAUCGUCAUAUCGAUAUACUUCUACGUUUCAAGGGUGCAAGGAAAGACGUUUCGAUUGCCCAUGUCUGCAUCGCCACAGUAUGACCAGAUCAGAGGCGAGACAGCCUUCGAGAACCCUAUCUACGAGACAGCAGACACAAGAGAGUACGAAGUCUCCAUUUAGACAUACUGCUGAUAUCCACACUGAGGACCUUAUAAGCCUUUCUUUGCCUUGUGGAGGUUCCCCAGCGCCUUUCUCCUGUUUUCUGACCUCCUCUUCAUCCUCUUCUGGUCCCCUAAUUUUCCUCUCCUGAUCGGGUGUAAAUAUCCUGAUUGUCUGAGAAUUUCCACAAGUACUGCAGAGAGUGUGGCGAAUAUGAUCUUAUUUUUGUAGAGAUUCAAUAUCAGUGGUCUAGCAGCAGUGCUUUUGCCGGUUUUAUCCAGUCGUGGAGCAAAGAGCUGGAGAUAAAACUACUGAUAUGAAAGACUAGGUGCAUCCCAAAGUCUAGGCUCUAGGUUCCUUUUUAUAUUAUUUAGUCGCACAAAAUGAGAAGAUAUAAGGCACAGAAAGGACACACUACCGGAAAAAGCACCAUACAUGCAGUCCUGGCAUAAAACACUAAAAGGGAUUUACAAUUAAAUAUGCUUAAUUAAGUAUGUCUUAAACCAGCUGACUAUUACAUCAUCUUAAAUUGAGUUAAAAACAUGAUAGAUGGACGGAACAAGUUUUCUAAAAUAAAUUUUCUAAAAUAAAAAUGCCAAAUAAAUGAAAUCACAUAAUAUUAUUUAUUUGUGCCUUUUUGUUCAUAUUUCAGACUUCCACAGAGAACUAUGGGCUAUUGCAGGUUGUAUAGUAUACGACAGUUGUAAUGAACGCAUAUAACAUUUGCAUUCCUGAAAACUCUGGAAAGUGAAGAGUGCAGCCUAGACUUCGAUAUGCACCUACCAUCAUCAAUUAACUGAUGUCUCUCUUAAAUGAAUUUUUAUUUCUUUGUUAUUAUUCAUUUAAGUGUUCUAGUCUUUUUUCACAAGCACAGAGAGGCUGUCAUAAAACAUCUAGAACUGGAAUUUCGGUUUCCAUUUAUGAAUGCUACAAUAGAUCAGUCAAUCUGAUUAUGGUGCACAAAUGUUAUUUUGGGCAACAACAAAAAAAAAAUAAACGAUCAAAUUGAUUAUUGUAUGUCUGUCUCU